GUGAAUCUUUUCACACAGAUGAAGGGCCUGAGACAGAGGAGAUGUCAUUGGGUACCACUGUGGAUGCAGAUGGUGAGGAGGAAUCUGAUGAUGGCUAUGAUGAUGAUGAUGAUGAUGAUACGGAUGGGAAGACCCAGAAGAGGAAGACCCAAACCAGUACCAAGAAGAGGACAAGACUUCACCUGCCGUCCCUGCUGAGCCUGGUUGCCCCUGGUUACGACCCCGCCCUGCUGUCCCGUGCUGUGGUGUGCCAGGUGCUGUGUUACUGUUCCAACAGUAAGGCCAGACAGGCGGCCAAGAGUGGGGCCAUGGUGGACCUGGGACAGCUAGAUGCCGCAGUAAGCCCAGCUGUGCUAACCCUGCAGCAGCACCACUGCAGUCUACUGCAGCGCAGGGAACACGUGCUGCAGGCCAUGAUCGAACGCUCCAUCAAGCAGAGAGCAAACUACUGCAUGCUGCAGGCCAGUACUGUCUGGGCUUUCAUCGGUUACCUAAUGAACACUCACAAGGAGAGAGAUGACGGGUUCAUUGACCUCAUCAAGAUGCUGACGUCACCUGACCGUCAGCAGCCCGUCCCAUUGGUUGCUGAGAAGGUGCGUAUCCUGGUGACGGGACAGUACGAAGGGAAGGCUGUCCUGUCGUACGGGAACGUCUGGCUGCCUGAGAGGAAGUAUAGCCUGGCUCUGGCCAAGGUCGUAGGGGACGAGGCCUGGGGAGAAAUCGAGGUGGAGGUGCGUUCCAACGUGUCCGUUCACGUGUACAGGGAGAGCGACAUCCCAAACCGCCAUGGCCACUGUAACUCCAACCCUUACAUCCCCAACGAACUCCGCGCACGGCUGGGCAUGCCGUUACUGACACUACAGAAUACCAGGAAGAGAAAGAAGAGGAGAUAGCACACACAUCGCAAAGUCUGAAACACUUAAUGUGCAAGCAAGAGCACUGGUAUUAGUAGUAAAACAAGGUGUAUAUGAUUUACAUAUUAGAAUGUACAAAUUAUAUAUAAUUUAUAUGAUAAAGUAACUUUUAGUCAAUGGAAAGAUUUGGAAAAUUUAGUAAAGCUUUUGAAUACAAUAUUUUUUUACAUUUUUUAUUACAAUAUAUAAGACAUAGUUUAACUUCAUUUUCAAUCUCUGUUUUGACU